UAGAAGCGCGAUUUAAAGCGGCGACGAGCGCAGAAAAGUUGAGCCAGUCCGACUCGGUUAUGCGCCCUGACGCACCGGUGGAGCAGCAGGUAUGGGAGCUACGCAGACGCGCUCCGAGCACAAGUACCAAGAUCUGGUGGAAAAAACUGGAUUUUCACUGGAGCAAAUCACCAACCUCCACAAGAGAUUUCAGCACCUGAGUGGAAACGAGGAGACCAUAAGCAAAGAAAGCUUGGAAAGCAUACCGGCCCUCGCCAACAACCCCAUCAAAAAGCAAAUCAUCGGGGCCUUCUUUGACAAAAGGAACCAGCAUCAGGAUGAGGCGGGCUCGUUCGAGGAGAUCGGCUUUGAGCAGUUUCUCAUGGUCAUGUCCCACUUCCGCCCCCCGUCCUUGAAAACGACGGAGGAGGAGAAGGAGGCCAUGCGGAAAGAGAAGCUUCGCUUUCUGUUCAACAUGCACGACACGGACAACGACGGCACCAUCACGCUGGCAGAGUACAGGACGGUGGUGGAGGAGCUCCUGUCAAAGAGCGGCGCCAUCGGGCAGGAGGCUGCCAAGGCCAUAGCGGACGCUGCCAUGUUGGAGGUGGCGAGCACAAACGUGCCACACAUGGCCCCGGAUGAAUUCUACGAAGGAAUUACGUUUGAGCAUUUCGAACAGAUUUUAAAAGGCCUUGAAAUGGAGUCCAGGAUGCACAUUCGCUUCCUGGAUAUGGACACCACCACAAUGCGUUGCGGGAAAUCAAAAUCUUGAAGUUGUUUUGGUUUUUUUGUAAAGAAAUGUUUGUUUUUUUUAAAUGGCGCCUCUACGGUCCCUAAAAGAAAUGAAGCCAAAGAUUUUUGAUAUGCACUAAUAAUAAUUUGUAUUGGGGGAAUAAUUCUAAUUAACAUAAUGAUGGAAGUACAUUUCUUUUUAUACGAAUCAUGGAGACUAUGCUGCUUGGUGUUGGAAGUUUUCUCACAGAGUCACUUCUAAACUUCUCGGUUUUCAUGUUUUGUAAAAGGUCUGACAUAUAUAUCCGAUGUUUGUUAACACUUCUGUUACGUUAAAUGGCAUCUAAAACUACUGCUUUGUCCAUUGUAAUGUAGCCGCCCUGUAACAUGAAGGAUUCCUGGAUGAAGUCGGCCAUGCCCAGUGUGGCAUUCACGGGUCAUCCGUCAUGGCUGACGUCCAGAGUGCAACACUGUUGGCACAUACCAUUCCUCUUCAGCUCCAGAAUAGUUUCAUUUAUGUUUUCCUCUGAGACUCUGUGUAGCUAACCACUGCUGUUCUACC